GGUGUCGUACCGGCUGACACACGACCUAGCGACGCCACUGUAUCUAGAUCUAGAUCAGAAUAGUAGGCCUAGGCCUAGUGUGGUAAGCAAGGCUGUUCUGGAUAGUCAAGCCACCGUGAAACGCCACAGCGCGCGUCUGCUGUGGAACCAAUCGUGUGUCGUGCGACGAACACUCUUCAUUCUAGAUCUAUGCCUAGCAAGUCAAGAGAAAGAUCUACACACAUUAGUCUAGGAAUCUAUAAUCUAGCUAGAUCUAGAUUAGAUCUAGUUCUAUUGUUUGUUUUUUUGUUAAAUAGAUCUAGCUAGAUCUACCAAAAUAGUAUAUUUAAUUAUUUAAUAUUAGAAAUAGAGAUCUAGAUUUCUAGAUUUAGUAUUUAGAUCUAAGACCAAAGAUGACCUUACAACCUAAUUUUCUGGGAUCCAUAACCUUAAAGGCGCUUUUGGAAGACCCAGCUCUAAAGAACCCAGCUGUCAUUGAUUACUCAAGUGAACAAUUAAAAGUUAAAAAAGAAAAAGAUGGUGCUGAUAUUCCACAAUUCAAUUAUGGAUCAGCAUUUUUGGGACCCAAUUUAUGGGAUAGAUCUAUUACACAGUCAGAUUUUAACCUGGAAUACAUGGAUCUAGAUGAAUUUUUGUCUGAAAAUGGAAUUCCAGUUGCUAGCGACGAGACAGUUGAAAUUGAAAAGGAAAAACUAAAAGAUAGCAUUAUGCCAU